AUGGCAAGCCUAGGCAAUGAUUUAGAUAUCCCACCGCAAUCAACGAUUGCGGUCAAUUCCCAUACCUUCAGCUGUCACUUUCCCGGCUGCAACGCCAGCUAUCGGCGCAAGGAGCACCUGCACCGCCACGAAGGAAAACACUUUCAGCAGCAGGCUUUUUCAUGUACCAACUGUGGUCGAGAAUUUGGACGAAGUGACACACUUCGACGCCAUGUCCGUCAGCGUCAUGGAAUAAUUGAACCUCUCAAGCGUGCACAGCGAGCAUGCGAGAGCUGUCACGCAGGGAAAUCUCGGUGCGAAGGAGGUGUGCCUUGUAACGAGUGCGUACGUCGCAAGAUUCCGUGCUCUUUCAACGACCCUGCUAGUACGGUCGAAAAUCAACCUCCCGGAUCCGCAACAGAUCGUGUAUCGAGCGUGAGGCAUGAUCAGCCACAAUCACAGAACACAGGGAAGACAGAGCAGUACAUCCGUCUUUAUUUUGAGACUUUCCAUCCCUCUUGGCCAUUUAUCCACAAAGGAACGUUCGAAAUACGCCAAGAAACACCCCUCCUGGUUCAAUCAAUGGUUGUUAUAGGCCUGUGGGCUACGAGGGAACAGUCUGCGCAAUCAGCAGCAGUGGAGCUACACGGUAAACUCGACUUGGCUCUUCGAGAUCAAAAGGAAAAAUGGGAUGCCUCGGAAGCAACUGGAGCUCGCAGUACCUGUGUCUGGCCAAUAGCAACAUACCAGGCUAUCCUAUUGCAUAUCAUGUUCUCUUUUGUGACCAGCGGCCGGGCUAUCGAUUUCGACCUGAAAAUCUCUCUCCCCCCUGAUGAUUUGGGAUUACUCGAAGCUCUUGUCCGAAGUUGUCGAAAGCUAGGCAUGUUCUAUUAUCCGAACAUUCUUGCCAAGUACGUCGAAGGUGACUUGGAUUCCUUCGUCUGGGUUAGCAUUGAGGAAAUCAAACGAUUUAAUAUAGCUUUGUACAAAGUUUGUGGGAAGGCAAGGAGCUCUAGUAUAAGAGAUGGAAACCAUGAGGAUACUAACGCAUGGUCUUCGCUAACUGCAGAUGAACUUCAGUUCCCUCUGCCAAGCAACUGCCCUUUGUGGAAUGCUGUUACCAGAGAUGAAUGGAAUGCUAGUGCGAAGGACGAGAAGCUGGUUUCCUUAGACGAUGAUCGCCAGAAAAACUGGAUAUCAAAUUUUGCAGAGAUAUUACAAGUCUUUGAGUUUUAG